CGGGGAACCCGGGAGAGCGCCGUGCGCAGUGCACGGGCCCGGGCCUCUGUCCCGCGCCGCGGCCGCCGCCGCCGCCGCCGCCUGCUUUCUCGGCGCCCGCGGUCUCCGGCGGGGGCUGCGCGCAGAGGCGGGGCGGUGGGAUCUCCAAGCGCGCGGCGCUCCGCCCGCUCGGCGGCGGAGGCGGAGGCGGAGACGGCGGGGCCAGGCGGCGGCCGGAGAGCGAGCGAGCGAGCGAGCGCGGCGGCAGCACCGGGGCCAUGGCGCCCGCGCAGCGCCCGCUGCUGCCGCUGCUGCUGCUGCUGCUGCCGCUGCGUGCGCGCAACGAGGACCCGGCCCGCGCCAACGCUGACCGCUACGCAGUCUACUGGAACCGCAGCAACCCCAGGUUCCAGGUGGGCGCCGUGGGUGACGGCGGCGGCUACACGGUGGAGGUGAGCAUCAACGACUACCUGGACAUCUACUGCCCGCACUACGGGGCGCCGCUGCCCCCGGCCGAGCGCAUGGAGCGCUACAUCCUGUACAUGGUGAACGGGGAGGGCCACGCCACCUGCGACCACCGCCAGCGGGGCUUCAAGCGCUGGGAGUGCAACCGGCCCGCCGCGCCCGGGGGGCCCCUCAAGUUCUCCGAGAAGUUCCAGCUCUUCACCCCUUUCUCCCUGGGCUUCGAGUUCCGGCCCGGCCACGAGUACUACUACAUCUCUGCCACCCCCCCCAACCUCGUGGACCGGCCCUGCCUGAGACUGAAAGUUUACGUCCGUCCAACCAAUGAGACGCUGUACGAGGCCCCGGAGCCCAUCUUCACCAGCAACAGUUCCUGCAGCGGCCUGGGCGGCUGCCGCCUCUUCCUCACCACCGUCCCUGUGCUGUGGACCCUCCUGGGCUCCUAGUGUCGGCUUUCGGACACCGGCCGCACCUGGACGCCUUGACCUUGGCACCCUGACCCGCCGAGGCCGCCUCCGAGACAAAAAACCCUUGCUGCUCUUUCAUGGUGCUGCCCUGCAGGAGGCCGUGCGCUGGACCCUGGCGGGCGGCGCGGGCCCCGGUGCUGAGGAGGGGACCCAGGCUGAGCCACUUUGUCCGGGGCUGCCAGGGAGCUCCGGGGCCACCCAGUGUUGUUUCGUUUCAGUCAGAAAGACUUAAGGUUCUUCUUUUAAUUUAAUUUAUUCCCUGAUAUCGCUGGUGAUGCCGGGAAGGGAGGAAGCCGGAGGGGUGAGGUGGAGCCCUCUCUGGCCUCAAGCCACUCCUGCUGUCUCCUGUUUUGGGGAGCCUAGAUGGAGGCCACCAGGGACCUGCCUCGGCUUCCUCGGGCCAGGCAAGCCUGAGCCAGGAAGGGUACAUGGUGCCAGCUCCUCACGGGGCGCAGGGGGCCUUACCCCCUCUUCUAGCCACUGUUGAACCCCUUUCCCUCAUCAUCUGAGAAAAUCCUCCAGCCCUUGCUAUCCUCCUCACCCCCCUCCCCAACCCGGCUCCUCCACCGGGCACAACCCACAACCGUCUCCAGGCCUGGGAAGACGUUUUAUUUCUGUAUAUAGAAACCAGCAAGUGUAUACUGUGAUUUAUUUUAAUGUCUUCUUAAGGACAGAAUGGAAAAUCUUUUUAAAAAUUUUUUCCAGACCUUUGAUUUGAGGGGACUUUUAUUUUUUUUUGGGGGGGGAAGGGGAGUGGGGUGGACUUUUAGGCUAGAGGCAACACUUUGCAAUAAACUCAUUUUUUUUGUCCGUUGGAGCCCUCCCCCUUGAUCAUGUGACCUAGUAAUGUUUGUAAGAAAAAAAAAGAAAGAAAAAAGAAAAAAAAAAAAAAAAAGAAAGAAAGAAAGAAAGAAGAAGAAGGGGCAGGACCGAGAAGGAAGGGGAGCUACCUACCAAAAAUUCAGAAAGAGCAAAGGACCGAGUGAAGCUGGCCACAGGACACAUUUAUACGGAUUUCUACCCACCUUUCCCCACUCUGUGGUUUACAGAUAUUCUAUAUAAAUAUAUAUUGUGGACGGCCGCCGUGGGGGGGUUUUGUAGGGGCGGGGGACAGGUGGCCCGGCCCCCUCGUCCCAAUCAGCUUUGGAGUCUGUUAUUUUUUUAUAAUAAAAUGG